GAAGUGUAAUAAUUUUAAACUUUAAUAAUAAUAAUAAUAGUUUAGUCGCAGCAGUGGUCCGCGUUCGUCGUUGAGUGUAGACUACAAUUCGCAGCACGUCACACUGUUCCAUAUCGUUAGUCGCACGAGUGAUAUAAACGUCCCAGUUUUGUCCGUCGGGCGUUGAUUGCUACGUCGCCCGUGGCCGAUUUUGUACCCGCGAGUAAACUAUCGUCCAGCGACACGGGCCCCGUCGCUAGCGUUACCAGACAUAGUGAUAUCCGUCAUAUCUGAUUGAUACAGCUAGUGGUUUUUUCGUUUUAUCGACGCCACUUUUAUCGUCUCGUUGCAACAUGGACGACAAAAACGGCAUUGUAGCCGAUUUUCAGGCCAUCACUGGUAUCGACAAUGCAGCCGAAGCUUUGAUGCACUUGUCGAAUUUCAAUUGGGACUUACUGGCCGCUGUCCAGCAUGUCAUGCCACAACACACUCAACGCUUGCCUUCUGAAGGACGCCGUAUACGUCUAGGCGCACCAUCUGUAAUGAUUGCAGACGAUUUCAGAGGAAUGACUGCGUCAACGUCAAAUGAAACUCACCGUUUAAUUACCAUAGAGAUUGAACAAAAUGGCCAUAUUAUUGCCACAUUAAAAGUCAACGAUGCUUCAACAAUUGAUGAUUUAAAAACAUUAGUCUACGCUGAAAGUAAGAUUCCAUGUUGCCUACAAAACUUUAAUGGAUGGCCAAAUAAUCAACUCCCUUCCAAUAAAGAUACACUUUCCAAAUUGAACCUUCCAGAUAGAUUUAAGCUAAAUCUUAUUAGUGGUGAAGAUUUAAAUCAAGAGCUUAAUGGAAGAGCUAACUUGCGAAUAUUCACUCUAAACAUAACAAUGGAGGCUACAACUUCAAGUGAAUAUCAAGUUUAUAAAUUGUCAUUCUCAUCUGAUCAGACAGUUGCACAAGUGAAAGAAGUUGUUGCAAACUUGACUAAAUUACCUAUUAGUAAUCAACAAUGGUUAGGUUGGCCACAUUUUGUUACUCCAGCUACAACUUUGGAAGAAUCUCAUAUUAAUUACCCAGUACAUGAUUUUAAAUUGAAGCCUUCAAAUUCAAUACUUAAACAUACCAGAAGAAGAUACAACACUAGAUUAAAUGUAAGUAUUUUUCGUAUUAUUAUGACUAUUAUGUAACCUACAAACAAUUAU